AUGCCUCAGAGAUGCUGUCAAUACGCGGGAUGGCAGCUCCCAAGCUUGACUGAGGACUACGGGACAUUUUGCAGACUACGUCGGAAUGACUGCGGUGUGACUGCGGUUCAUAUCUCGCUAAAAGUCGAGUUUGGCGGCGGCCUCGAGCUCCUCUUCGAUAACCAAAGGUCGCACAAGCUCACGCUCCCCGCCCGCGUCCCGCUCGACAAUUCCACCUCCUCACCCCCUUCUUCCCCUCCCUCACCCCAGAACAACGAGUACGAAGGCGAGACGAAGCCCGUCGACGUCGCGUACCUCAUCCACUGGCUGCGCCACCACCUGCUCAAAGAGCGCGCGGAGCUCUUCAUGGAGGGCGAUACAGUACGGCCCGGGAUCCUCGUGCUGAUUAAUGAUACGGACUGGGAGCUGGAGGGCGAGGGCGAGUAUGUGAUCAAGAAUGGGGACGAGGUUGUAUUUAUAUCAACGUUGCAUGGGGGGUGA